CUAGAACAAUGUCCUCUCUUCAAUUCAAUCCCAUUGUUAUCUGCUAAUUCAAUCAAAAACCAAAACCCCUAAUUCUCAAUUUGAAAUAUUUGUUAUGAGCUUUGUGAUUGCAUUGGUGAAAUUAGAAGAAACUAGAGUUGUUCCGAAAUUGAGAAAAUGGCGGAAGUGACGACGAAGCGAUUCUGUGUGGGUUACGCACUGUUACAGAAGAAACAGCGGAGCUUCAUUCAGGUUUCUUUGCUGAAUUUAGCCAAAGAACGCGGUAUCGAUCUCAUUAGGAUCGACACCGACAAGCCGCUGGUGGAUCAAGGCCCUUUCGAUUGUGUGCUUCACAAGUUGAACGGUGAGGACUGGCGGAAACAGCUCAAGGAAUACUCGGUCCGGAACCCUAGCGCUGUCGUGAUUGACUCCCCUGACGCAAUCCAGCGGCUACACAACCGGAUUUCGAUGCUCGAAGUGGUUUCGGAGAUUGAGGCGGAGGAGGUGAAAGACGGUGAGUCGGCUUCCUUUGGGACACCCAAGCAGACUGUAAUAUACGAACAGGAGAAGCUGAAGGAUCCGACUUCGUGGGGCGAAGGAUUGAAGUUUCCGGUGAUUGCGAAACCCUUGGUAGCGGACGGGAGUGUGAAAUCGCAUAAAAUGUCGUUGAUUUUCAGUAGCGAGGGUUUGGAUAAGCUGAAACCCCCUACUGUGUUACAGGAGUUUGUGAACCAUGGCGGGGUGAUUUUCAAAGUGUAUGUGGUUGGGGUGUAUGUCAAAUGCGUGAAGCGGAAGUCUUUGGCGGACAUUAGCGAUGAAAAAUUGGGGGGUUUGCAGGGUUCUCUAUCGUUUUGCCAGGUUUCUAAUUUGAGUCCUCAUGCAAAGAAUGACGAUACGUACUAUAAGAUUUUGGAAGAUGCAGAGAUGCCUCCGAUGAGUCUGAUAACUAAUAUCGCUCGUGGGCUGCGUAGGGCGAUGAAAUUGCAUCUUUUCAACUUUGAUGUCAUCAGAGAUACUAGGGUUGGGAAUAGGUACCUUGUUGUGGACAUCAACUAUUUCCCUGGCUAUGCCAAGAUGCCCGGUUACGAAUCUGUCUUGGCAGAUUUCUUCUGGGAUGUUUUGACCAACGAAGAGGCUAGGUCCUUCGAUAACCAGAAAGAAGCAACGAAGUUGGUAGAUAACAUUGGUGGCUAUGGGGAGGAAAAAAGGCAUCUUCCUGUGGGAGAUGAUGAACAGGACCCUUUUCAGGUUUGAUAAUGCGGAAAUUGGGAUCAGUUUUGCUGAAGUGUAUUCUGAUCCCUGAUCUUGAGUUUGUUGGUUAAUGAGCUCUUGCUGUGGACAUUUUCUUCUAGAUAGGUGUUAGUACAAGGCUUAUCUUUAGGGUUAUCCGCUUUUGUUUUCUGCCUCAUGACGGCAGUUUACAUGGUGUUCCUUGUUGAUCAUGUACAUUCCAUCCUUUGCUUUGGAGAUAGGUACUUUCCAAUACUCUGAAAGUUUGUAGGGAGGUUAGGUUGCUAUACGACGCAUAUUGUAUUCCCUGGCUUAGAAACCUUUAUAAUGUGUGCCUUGGCAGCUUUAGUGGAUGAAUGUUGCGUUUUUGAUGCUGAUAUUAGUUCUUUCCCUA